AAAAAUGAGUCGUAACCCGUGAGUGCCAACCGGCCCAACACCAAGUCCCAAUCAAGCAUAUCAAUUAAACCACAGGCAGCCACAACCGAAAUUGCCCGUAAUUUCUGCGAGCGACCAGUGUCUUUCUUAAGAAUGAUCAUUCCUUCAAUUCUAUCCAUUACCAAAUCAAUAUUGUUCCGCAGAGAGCUAGCGGUGUUUUUAGCUGAAAAUAUUUGCAGGGGACCAGCUUUUUCCUUGACAGAGUUCUGAAUUGAUAUUUGGGAGUGGAUAUGAGAUGGGUUUGCAUUGUUUCAUCUAUCCAAUGAAGGAAAAGUAUAAUUGAAGGUUGAUGGUUUCGUGGGUUUUUCGUGAAUUGGGGAAGAGUUGCUGAAUUGUUGAGAACCUCUCGAAUUCAACAUAUUUGAAUUUCAUUCGGGAAUUAGGGUAGAGAAGAAAAGGGGUUCAUGGGAUUUUGAUGAAUUUUCAUAUAGAGAAGGAAAUUGAAGGUGUCGGUUGGACGAGAAAGUUGGAAUCUUGCGUUUUGGUUUACUUUCGAAUUUCCAAAUAAUCGGGGAUUUGAAGGAAGAGGACGACUUCAGAAUUAUGGCGGUGCCAUGGAGUAUCACAUUUUGGUUAGCGAAUCUAAUAUGGACAGCAUUGAGUGGUUGGGUGAUGUCUUGCUUGUCAGUUGCUGAUGAGAUUGCUAGCUCUCUCAGAAAUGGAGAUAUUGGUCCUUUCCAUGUUGGUUGAUCAAAGAAUUGUAUAUCCAAAUCAAGUCCCUUUUCUGGUUUGUUUCCCCAGAUGUUCAUAUUAUAUCUUUGUAAUCAAAUCAGCUUAGUCCAGUAUGUCUUUUUGGGAUUUGGGUGGGUCUAAGAUAGUGACACUGGUUCUUCAUUGCGCUUUCGAUUGAUGGAAGAGUCAGGGUGGGUUAUUUUUGGUAUAUACUGUGAAAUUGACUAUGAUCAGAGAGUACUGUACCUUAUUUCAUGCUAAUCCAAAUUUUGCUGAUUCUAAAUAUACAUGGCUUGUUCAAGGGUUUAAAUUGUACGGAGAAUAUCUUUGAUAUUAUGUUUGGUUUGGUGGUCUAAAAUAGAGAAACUGGUUGCUGAUUUGGUUUAAUUGAUAGACUAAUGGUGUCAGGGUUGGUAUUUGUAUAAAAUCUGAAAAACGCUUAUGAUCAAAGAGUUUUGCACCAUGUUUGAUGCUAAUUAAAGCUUUGCUGUUUCUGAGUAUAUACGGCUUGUUCAAGGGUUUAAUGUGUAUCAAAAGUAUCUUUGAUACUCUGUUUGGUUUUCCUUGCAUAUAACCAUUAGUUGUGCUUGUAAUCAUCUUCUUGGCUGAAUAAGGUUUUGUGAAUUAUUUAAGAGACAGUUUGAAUAUUUGUCAUUUGUUAAUUGGCUUAGGGUCCUUAGCGAUUGCUGGCUGUAUCUCUCUCAAUGGAAUAUAAAUCAUCCAUUAUUGCAAUUUGGAGAGUGGAAUGAGAAAACUUGAACACCACAACAUCAAUACAUGGAGUUUGAACCCACACUCUCUUGUUUUGCUGGUAGUACUAGUGGUAGUUGUAGUUCUCUAUAUGUGAGCUGGUGAUAUUGGUCCUACAAUCUUGUUGAUUGGAGAAUCUAAUAGCAGGCUCAACCAUCUAUAUUCUGAACUUGCUGAUGUCAAUCAUUUGAAAUUUUUAAUCUUGUGAUUCUGGUAUUUGAAUGUGAGCUUCAACUGGAUUUUCCAUAAAUCUGGCUGAGAAUCAUUGGAUUUGCUGAUAUCUUGAGUUAGAGGCGAAACUUAAAGAAGUAAAUUUAGCAUGAAGGCAUAAAAGAAUGCAGGUUGAUUGCAUUCUCGAGUCUGCUGUUGUUAUUGAAAGGUAAUAAAAACAAGAACCGUGAAUGCCAUGCUGUGCCAUCAUGCUUGGACACCAAACUAAAGUUUCCAUCUUGCUUGGACAUCGGGAGAGCUUGUUCCAGCUAUUGUGGUUUCUUACAGAAUGCAUCUCAGAGCAAAACUGCUUGUUCAACUGUUUGCAUUGGUUUUAUCCGUAAAUUGAUUUUGUAGAGAUUUUCACAUAGACUGACUUCUGUAGAGCAGAAACUUGACGUUAUGGUAUUUAUUGCCAUGGAAAUGCCAAAUUUGUUGCAAUUAGAGUGGCAGCUUUCGGGAAUUGAGGCUUCUUUCUGGAAGAUGAUGAUAGUACUAGUUAAGUUUCUCCCAAUCUUCUAAGUAAUCUUCUUCUGAAACUCUUUAAACAAGUAAGAGCCCAUUUUAUUCCUGCGUAAGCUAGCUAAUCCAACCUGCUCACCUCAGACUUGCAAUGCUCACCACACAAAAUGCUUUUUGUCUGUUUGUGUCCACACAAUGUGAUCCAGAUGGAAUGGUUGUGUUUUAUUGUGGCAUUGUGCAGCAUUUUAUUAUGAGGAAAUCUUCUUUAUGCUAUACUGUGAUUCUGAUUAUCAGUUGUUUCAUUUUGUUUUCAUUGUAAUUAUAACUUAUUAGACAACUAAUGCAAUACUGGAAAUGCUUUCUUUGAUUCCUUAGUUGAACCUAAAAGUUGAUUUCAUUUUCUGGAUAACCCCUUCUUUGGAUGCAAUAGUCUUGCAGAUUGCAGAGCAUGCACCUGAAGCGUGUGGCAAUUAUCUUUCAAGCGGUACCUGACUGACACUCUGUUAUUUGACCCAAAAAAUUAGACUGAUACUCUGUUCAGGUAGCCUCAUUUCUGUUGGACAUGUACUCAGUGCAAUCAGUAUGUUUAUCAAUCUAGGCAUGUCUGUGUUUGAGUUAAAAAAUUACUGAGAGGUGGGGGAUGGGCAAGGAAUUUUUGGUAAGAAAAAAAAACCAAAGUGAAACAAUAAAGACAUCUGGGAUGGAUCUGCAAGUAGUUUAAGACUAUUUACUUCAAUAUGUGGACAGCAGUCUCUGAAACUAUAGGGUACUGCACAUUCAAAUACUGGCAGGCCAUCUUAACACAUGCCGCAGAAGUCACAUUAAAUCUUGUACUUAAUCAAUCUAUUCUUGGAACAAAAGUGGGAGGAUGCGGGUGCUUAUUCAUUUGAAGGAUCGGUCCAAAAUUGAUAUGUGAAAGGUUGUUGAGCAAGUAUCUGGCUUGAAAAGAUUUGGUUGCAUUUUUGACGUUUGACAGUGGUUUUUACCACCAAAACCUCCAGGUAUUCCAUUCUCGUUGAUUUCGUAUUAGAAUUCCUCUAUAUGAACUUGUAAGGGGCGGCCAAUCAAGAAGAGGGAACAUACAAUCCCAUUUAUGAUUCUAGGGAAACACGGCAAGAGAGCCGAUCCCCAGUAUAAAUGGAAACUACAGCAUGAUUAUCCUAAUGGAUUCCAACUUCUGGAGGAUGAGUUUUGAGCAUGGAAACAGGGGAUGCCAGUUGGCUAUCAUGCAACGUUGAAGAUCACAAAAAGACUAAGCACAUGACAAAGGCAAAUCUUCUUACGUGGAAAAUCAGGUAAAUUUCUUGCUUAUUACCAGUUAUGGUGCACUUGACAUGGAGGAGGAUUCUGCACCCCGCAAAGAAGUCAAGCCAGUUCAGUGUAUAGAUCAUUGCGCGGCAGCAGUUACAUUUGAUCUGCAUCAGUGGCCGUUAACCGUUCAUCAUUCUGGUAGGAAAGAUGUUUGCUAGCGCAAAGCGCUUAUGACCCCAUAUGGUUUGACUUGACAUUCUUGCACUCGAUAGGCACAGUUUGUUUUUUCUUUCUGGCAUUUUUCAAUAGUAUGACCGAUGAUAGCACCUUAACAGUUAAACUUUCUGCCGGAAUUUGCGGAUUGGUUCAACAAUUAUGACAGACAAUUGAAGCUUUUCCAAAGUGAGAUGCUGCUUGAAACUUGGGGUGCCUCAAUGGAAGUACUGGAGGGGUGUUAGAAGAAACACGGAAGCUUCGAUCAUAAUUCUAUUAUGUUUAUUAAUUGCACUAAACCGUCCUCCAAACAUUUUUAGAGUCUCUAUGUUCCAAACCCUUAUCUUGGACAAAAUGCAAUGAAGAUGUGAACAUAAUGUUGGCUAGUA